UUUUCACCGUUGCGUCCGUUGGGUAUGGUACUCUAUCCUGUUUCCGCCUGACGAAAGAGUGUUCUCUGAACCUUUCGGAUCAAGAGUUGCGCUAUCUCAGCUAGUUUGUUUGUGAGUUCUACGUGUCUCUGAUUAUCCUUUUGUAUCCUUUUGUAGCAUGUAUUGUGCUGCAAUUCUGUGUGUCCUUUUCACCAUCAGCUCUGCGAACCGUGUGAUGCAUGAGUCAAACGCAGGUGACAAGGCUGGAUACUGUGAUGGAUACUACAAUUUGAAAUAUUUUGGCAAACAAGCCAGAAGAUGCAGACGCUUGGAACAGCCGCAAGAUUGUGCGGACUAUUGCGAAUGGCACGAAGAAAAGGUAGAAAAGGUUUGCUAUUGCAUAUGGAUUGAGGGCAGAACUUCACCCGCAUCUCAAGGCCAUUGUGAUGGUCGCUACGAUCCAGAACACUAUCCACGGCAAGUGAGCACCUGUAGAACCGCUGGUUGGAAGGACUGUGCGAGCGAGCACUGCAAGUGGCUUGCCGAGCCUGCUCCGCAAUCAUCAGAGGGCUACUGUGAUGGCCGGUACAAUUUGAAACAUCAUGGCAAGGAGGCAAGGGUUUGUAGACGUAUCAAGAAGUGGGAGGCAUGCGUCGGGAAAUGCGAAUGGACCAAGGGAGCGCCUGCACCGGGCUAUUGUGAUGGUCGCAACAAUCCGCAACACUAUCCAAAAGAAGUGUACGCAUGCAGAAACACUGGUUGGAAGGAUUGUGUGGGCAAGCAUUGCGAGUGGGUUGAUGGCCCCCAACCAUCAGAGGGCAAGUGCACUAGCCGCUACAAUCGAAAGUACUAUGCCAAACAAGCUCAGGUGUGCCAAAGCAUUUCUGGAUGGAAAGAAUGUGUAGGUUUUUGUGAAUGGGAGUGAAGAAGAUUGGCGCCUUCCUUUACAAGCUGGUGAAAAGUGGCUGCUCUAUCGAGAACAGGAUGGCCUUUACCCUCUUCAUCCACCUCUUCAUUUGGUACUGUAUUUGGUGUGUAUGUGAAGGUGCAGCUUGUGAGUGAAGUCAGAUGCUAUGGGGGAAAAGAAGGAUUCACAAAAUGUUUUGUGCUUUGAUACUUGUGGUGCACUGACUACUGGCCCUAUGAGUUGCGUUUGCAAUUCUACUUUGCAGUGGGGAGACAUGAUGAGCGAAAUGGAUGCCUUUGAUUCUAGUGGGUCAUGAAUUGUCUUGGAUCAAAAUAAGACACUUUGCC